AUGGUCGCAAUUGACAGAGGUGACAUAACGAAACUCGAAAUUGAUGCCAUCGUGAAUGCCGCCAACAGCUCGCUUCUCGGAGGUGGCGGCGUGGAUGGCGCGAUCCACCGAGCAGCGGGACGUGGCCUGUACGAGGAAUGCAAAAAACUGAAUGGCUGUCGAGUGGGGGAGGCCAAAAUCACUGGUGCACAUAACAUGAAGCAUAUAAAACACGUAAUUCACACGGUGGGGCCGCAAGUGCAUGGGGCAGUAAGUGAUGAGCAGCGCAAGCAGUUGAAAUCGUGCUACAUCGAAUCGCUGAAACUUGCUGUUGCCAAUAAUCUCAGAUCUGUGGCUUUCCCGUGCAUUUCAACAGGGAUCUACGGUUAUCCAAAUGAUGAUGCUUGUAAUGUUGUUGUUACUUCGAUUUUGGCUUGGCUGAAAGAGAAUCAAGACAAAGUGGAUCGCAUAGUUUUUGUUACAUUUCUGGACAAGGACUACGAUCUGUACGAAAAAUGCCUUAAAGAAAAGUUGUCUUAA